AGCGGAUCAGGAGCUCAGACCUGCUUCAGUUUGAGAAAAGAGCAGAAGGCUGACUGUUUGGAUUUGACAUGAAUGUUUAAUGCCGGAUUAAUCUCCUCUCCAGAUCAUCUCUAACCUCUUAUGUACAGUAUAACACAUGUAGUGGAUGUUUCUUUCAAACUGAACUCAAACUCUCUCUGACACAAAUGAUUUACAUCCAGAUUCUUUACUUAAAACUAAACAUCAUAUAAAAAUUAAUACAGUUUCCCCCCUAAAUAUUAAGAGUCCAGACUCCUCUAUGUGUAGUGAGCGGUUUAGAGGGAACUUAAAGUCCACUUCACUUUCGUUCCCAGCUCCACAAAAGCACGUGGAGUAAAUAUGGAAGUUGGGAAGUGGAUUUGUGUUUCUCCUGCCGAUGAAAACCCCUGAGCAUUAGCAAAUAUAAUAAAAUAUAAUAAUACCAAUGCGUUUAACGGUUUCCAAAACCGUCUCAUGUGUCGGCUAUUGACUUGUAGAGAUUUCACUACUAAAUAGAUUUAUAAAGGUGAAUAAUAUACAGACACUGUUGCAAAUAUGGUCUGAGGUUAUUAACACUCGUGCAUCAUCGUGAAUCAAAUAAAUUAACAGUCGGGUAGUUUGAUUCACUUAAAGGAAUCGAUUCAGUAAAGUGAAUUGUGUUCUUUCUAGGAUAGGUGGGCUCAUGUGUCUGGGGUUUAUGUGUGUGUGUGUGUGUGUUUGUCCUGCCCUGCCCCAUGUCAGCUUGUUUGGUUUCCUGCAGUCCUGAGACGCGACUCGAGUUGCUUCCAGCAUGGACUCGGCUUCUUCUCUCUCUUAGACGGUUUUUGUGUCUCCUACUCGCUCUGCUACACGAUGCAGUCGGUCAGAGGUUCAUGUGGACGUUACCUUCGUCCUAAGAGGACGGAUCUGACACUAACUCCUUUUCUGAUGCUGUUAAUAAGCGGAAUUCACGCCACAUCGCGUGGAUCAGAUCUGGUGCCUUACAUGCCUAACGUGUGUACAGAACGCGAGGUGAAGCUGGUGGCUCACAUGCAGCCCUGUGUGCAGGCUUUCACCCGAAUGGUUAAAGUGUGGAAGCAAGGAUGUGAAGGACAGCCGUGGUGCAUGGGCUAUGAGAGAAGGACGGUGUAUUACACUGCAUACAGACAGGUGUAUCGACAGAAUUAUGAGACGGUACACAAGUGCUGCCCGGGAUGGUCUCAGCUCAACGGGGAAGCUGGAUGUCUGUACCCUGUCUGCAGCUAUGGAGUCUGUUUUAAUGGAGGCCGGUGCAGAGAAGGAUCCUCGCAGCUCUGCGAUUGCCCGGCCGGCUUCCACGGCCCGAGCUGUCAGUAUGACGUGAACGAGUGUGAGGAGACGAACGGAGGCUGCGAGGCUGUAUGCUGUAACACUAUUGGCAGCUUCUAUUGCAAGUGUCCUUCAGGACAGGAACUCAAGGAGGACGGCAAGACCUGCCAAGACAUCGACGAGUGCCUCGUCCAUAAUGGAGGAUGUCAGCACAAAUGUGUGAACACCCGAGGCUCCGUCCAGUGCCAGUGUGACCCUGGGUUUCGCCUGCACGUAGACAGACGCACCUGCAUAGCUGUCGGCUUGUGUGGCAUCAGUAAUGGAGGGUGUGAACACAUUUGCAUCCAGCAAUCAGCGGUUCAGACCCAGUGCCGCUGUCGACCCAACUACAGACUGGCAGAGGACGGCAAACACUGCACCUUGGAGAACCUGUGUGUUCUGCGGAACGGUGGCUGUUCUCAGGAGUGCCGCAGUGAUGGGGGCAGGACCUACUGCGACUGUCGUCCAGGUUUCAACCUGACGGAGGACGGCAAGACCUGCCGAGACAUCGACGAGUGCCAGACGGGUCAGGCGCAGUGUGUACACGGCUGCCGUAACACCAGAGGCUCCUUCGUUUGCGUGUGUAACGCUGGAUACGAGGUGGGAGCGGACGGCACACAAUGCUAUCGGAUUGAGAUGGAGAUUGUGAACAGCUGUGAGACUAAUAAUGGCGGCUGUUCUCAUCACUGUGAGCACAACUCUAACGGCCCGGUGUGCGUCUGUAACCAAGGCUACCGGCUCCAUGACGACCUCAAGACGUGUAUUGACGUAGACGAGUGCGAGGACGGCAGCUCGUGUUGUCAGCAGGACUGUAUGAAUUACCCAGGAGGCUACGAGUGCUACUGCGCCGCAGGCUACAGGCUCAACUCGGACGGCUGCAGCUGUGACGAUAUAGACGAGUGUCUGGCUGAGAACGGUGGCUGUGAACACGAGUGUCAGAACAGCGCCGGAUCGUUCACGUGUUCCUGCAGACCAGGAUAUGGGCUGAACACGGACCGCCGCUCCUGUACCUGGCUGGACGGAACAGUUCUUCACACUGGAUCAGUGAAGGAGGCCUGGCAGUUGAAUCUGCUCACGGAUUACAGACUGUUGGAGCACUAUGACGACUAUGAGGAGGACGACGGAGAGCUGCGUGCCGAGAGCACGCUGGCUGAGAAAUUCGUGUGUCUGAAUGACACUUUUGGCUUCGACUGCAGUUUGUCUUGUGAGGACUGUAUAAACGGAGGAGUGUGUAACACACACCGAACUGGCUGUGACUGCCCAGAUGGCUGGACAGGAAUUAUCUGCAACCAGACCUGUCCCGAGGGCUGGUUCGGCAGAAACUGCUCAUUCCCGUGUAAGUGUGAGAAUGGAGGUGUGUGUGAUCCGGUGACCGGACGAUGUCGCUGUCCACCGGGCGUCAGUGGAGAACGCUGUCAGGACGGAUGUCCUAAAGGUCUGUAUGGAAAGCAGUGCGAUAAGAAAUGUAACUGCGCCCAUAACGGACGGUGCCAUCGCACAUAUGGAGCGUGUCUGUGUGACCCGGGACUGUACGGCCGCUUCUGCCACCUGCCGUGUCCUAAAUGGGUGUUCGGACCCGGCUGCUCUGAGGAGUGUAAGUGUGUUCAGGAAAACACUCUGGAGUGCCAUCGGCAAUACGGCACCUGCGUCUGCAAGCCCGGUUAUCAGGGUGACGCGUGUGAAACAGAGUGUGACGCAGGCUUGUAUGGUCAAGGCUGUGUGCAGAAGUGUUCUUGCACGUAUGGGGCGGCGUGUGACCCUGUGACUGGGGUUUGCCAGCGUCGGUGUCCAGCUGGUAAAGAAGGAGAAAACUGUGACGAAGACUGUGCAGAUGGCAAUUUUGGGAUUGGCUGCUCUGAGUCAUGUGACUGUUCAGGAGCCCCGUGUGACCAGGUGACCGGCCGGUGCCGAUGUCCUGCAGGGAUGAUGGGCAGCCGCUGUGAGGAAGAGUGUGCUGCAGGUCAGUGGGGUUUGGACUGUAAGGAGACAUGUCCAGUGUGUGUAAACGGGGGUGUGUGUGACAAACACAACGGCUCGUGCCUUUGUCCACCCGGAUACAUGGGCAGACUCUGUCAAAACUCGUGUCCAGCUGGUCGUUUCGGUCAGAGCUGCCAGAUGAAGUGUGUGUGUGAGAACAGUGGGCGAUGCCACCCCGUGACCGGCCGUUGCUCCUGUACGCCAGGCUGGACCGGUCACAACUGCAGGAAAGCCUGUGACGCCGGAUUCUGGGGACUGGACUGUGUGAAGGUGUGCGACUGCAGGAACAGUGAUGUGAGCUGUGAUGCAGUAACAGGACAGUGUAACUGUGAAGCUGGGUUUACAGGAACGCGCUGUGACCUCAAAUGCCCUGCUGGGUUUUUUGGCCUGGGCUGUUGGCAGCGCUGCCAGUGCGAUAACGAGGCGUCAUGUGAUCACAUAAGUGGAGCGUGUACCUGUAAGGUGGGCUGGACAGGAACGUUCUGUGAAAAACCCUGUCCUCAGGGCUAUUAUGGGCUGGACUGUCAGCACAAGUGUGUUUGCCUGAAUGGCGGACUCUGUGAUCACCUCAGCGGGAAGUGUGUGUGUCCUGCAGGUUGGAUUGGUCCAAUCUGUAACCAGACGUGUCCGGCUGGUUUUUACGGUCAGAGCUGUUCUCAGACCUGCGCUUGUCAGAACACUGAGAGAUGCCACACCGGCACCGGGGAGUGUGUGUGUACGGCAGGGUGGACCGGACUGAACUGCUCACACAAAUGCCCGGCGGGUAUGUUCGGGUUAGGUUGCAGUCAGAGGUGCUUGUGCCAGAAUGGUGGGACGUGUGACCACAUCGGCGGACACUGUUCCUGUCCCAGCGGCUGGACGGGCACAGCGUGUGAGCGCGAGUGUUUCGUGGGCCGUUUUGGGCCAGACUGCCAGCAGGAGUGUGUGUGUGAGAACGGAGGGCAGUGUGACGGGCAGACGGGACAGUGCGUGUGUGGACCAGGCUGGAUCGGACAGCGCUGCGAGGAAGCGUGUGUGUCAGGCCGCUUUGGCGUGGGCUGUGAGGAGCAGUGCGAGUGUGAACAUGGAGCUUCUUGUCAUCAUGUUAGUGGAAGAUGUGUGUGUCCAGCAGGCUGGCGAGGAGCUCAGUGUGACAAAGCCUGCUUGCCUGGAACGUUUGGUGCUGACUGUUCCCAGGUGUGCACGUGCCCACACGGCACUUCCUGCCACCAUAUCAGUGGAGAGUGCGGCUGCUCGCCGGGUUACACAGGAAACGGCUGUGAGCAGACUUGCCUGCCCGGUACCUACGGCCUUGACUGUAAUCAAGUGUGUCAGUGCUCGGAGAAGAACCAGCUGUGCCACCCGGCGUCAGGAGAGUGCUACUGUACUCCGGGGUACUCCGGACCCAAAUGCGAUCUGGAGUGUGAGAGAGGGCACUAUGGUCCAGACUGUGAGAGUGAGUGUCAGUGUGUGAAUGGCGGGGUGUGUGAGGCCACCACAGGCGCAUGUCGAUGUGCCCCCGGAUUUAUAGGAGCUCGGUGCAACAUCACAUGCCCCACCGGGCGUUACGGGCAGGAUUGUGCCCGUGUUGCUCUUUGCAGGGAUGGGGCGAGGAAUGACCCGGUCACCGGGAGGUGUGUGUGUGCGCCUGGGCGCCGAGGAGAGGACUGUGGACAAGACUGUGCUCCAGGUCGGUAUGGUGUAGACUGUUCUCAGCACUGUAACUGCAGUAACGGAGGUGUGUGUGAGUCGGUCUCUGGGAACUGUAUGUGUGGACUCGGCUUCACUGGGCUGCGCUGUGAGAAAGAGUGCCCUGAGGGAUGGUACGGUCCGAACUGCAUGCUGGAAUGUGCGUGUCAGCACAACAGCACAUGUGACAGGGUGACAGGAACUUGCCUGUGUGGACCAGGAUACUAUGGUCAUCUGUGUGAGCAUGCUUGUCCGGUGGGUCUGUAUGGACCUCGGUGCCAGCAGCACUGCGAGUGUGUGAACGGAGCUCUGUGUAAUCCCAGUAACGGACACUGCAUCUGCCCUGCCGGAUAUCAGGGGUCACACUGCCAGAAAGAGUGUGAGCAGGGCACGUACGGUCCGACCUGUUCGAAGACCUGCGACUGCGCAGACGACACGCCGUGUGACCCCGUGAGCGGCGUGUGUGCGUGCGCGCCGGGGAAAACCGGACUCAGGUGUGAUGCAGACUGUCGAGUGAACCGGUAUGGACCUGACUGCUCAUUAAGCUGCGAGUGUGAGAACGGAGCGCAGUGUGACAGCCGUACCGGGCGCUGCACGUGUGUGAAAGGUCGGAUCGGCGCCACGUGUUCAGAAGACGGAGCUCCGGCACUGAGCAGCUGCGACAGACGAGAGGAGCAGUCGCGUCUGAACAACUCCUUAUAGCGCCGCACCUUGAAAGAGUGAAUCAGGAAGAGAAAGAAGUGCACAAGUGGAGAGAUCUGAUCUUCCUCUGGAGCUCCACUCAACUGUUUCAGCUCUGCAUGAAGAGGACGGUGAGGGAACAGACUGACACCACACUCAGAAGAGGGCAAAAAGCCACUCGUGUCGCGUGUGUUCUGUAAGCUGCAAUGAUCUCUCUCACUUACACACACAUGGCACUUUAACCCACAUUUGUGUUCAGUGUUUCAGAAACAGUUCUGUUGUAUGAUCAGCAGCUUCCUGUCAAAACCCCCCCACCAAUCACGAAACUCGUUCUCUGUUUCAGGACAUGUGAGAUUUGUGAUUGUUACAUUUGUUACACUGUCCUUUAUUUAUAUCCGGAGACGGAUAAACAAACAGACGCAGAGAUUCUCCUGGAAAAAGAGAGAGGAGAGCACACUUGGAAUUUAAAACUGCUUCAAAAUACCCCAAAAUGUUGUGGUUCUCUUUAUUUUUUUUUAAUAAUACCAGGACACAUGUCUGAUAUUUGCUUCUGUAGGUUUUUGCACAGAGGCUAAUGAGGCUAACAGGCUACCUGCUGGCCAGUGUGUGACUCCACACACUCCUUACAUCAGGUUUUUCUGUAAUAAAUAAUAAUAAAAAAAGAUGACUGCUAAGGAAGGAACUGAUUUCACCAGGUGAAGUGUUUCCCAGACACCCCCCCCCCACGACUCUCUUACAGUGUCUUUAGCCUCAUUAGCAGCUCUUGCAGUGUUCCUCAAUGCUGGGAGAAUCAUCCAUCAUCUACAGAUAAAAAUAUACAAUACAAUGAGCAAGUGAUUCACAAGCAUUAAGUCAUAAGAUAAAGUGGGGAAAAGUUGUUCAUAUUGUUUAUUCAUGGUGCUAUUUUGCUGUUCACUACAAUCUCUUUACAACGAGGCGUUUUUAUAAUAAUUUACUUGUCUUGAGUUUAUAAUCAGCAGUGGUGUGCUAUAAUAAUAAUAAAUAUGCAGUGGCCUUAUAUGAGGUCUGAUCAAGGGUUUAUUGUAUGUUUUCCAGCAGUUUUUAUUCUAUAUAAAAGGUAUUUGAUGUAUUUUUAUAUGAUGGACAUGUACAUUUUUUUACUGUAUUGAUGUAAAUAAUAAUAAUAAAAAGUCACUUGAAUCCCAGUAGCUGGAUUGUCUUCAUUUUUUUUUUUUUUUACAUCUUCA